ACAUCGACAAUCCUGUUGUGUGUGUCCGUUGCCAAAGUGAAUGAGGAUGUGGGCUAGCUAAUUGCUGGAGUUCAGGUGAAAGGAGUUUGUGUUCAGGGACUGACACACAACUAAAGAACCAUCACAGUUAGCUUAAGAAUUUAUUGAAGCAAGUACAUGUCACUUUUCGGAAAAACAUAACGACGAUGACCCAACCGCGGCCAAACGAGUUCAUUCCUCCACCGGAGUGUCCUGUCUUUGAGCCCAGUUGGGAGGAAUUUGCCGACCCAUUUGCGUUUAUCAACAAAAUACGACCAAUAGCUGAAAAAACUGGUAUCUGCAAAGUCCGACCGCCACAGGGCUGGCAGCCUCCAUUUGCCUGUGAUGUUGACCGUCUGCACUUCACUCCUCGAAUCCAGAGGCUCAACGAGCUGGAGGCUCAGACCAGGGUGAAGCUCAACUUCCUGGAUCAGAUCGCUAAGUUCUGGGAGCUGCAGGGAUGCACACUGAAGAUCCCCCACGUGGAGCGCAAGAUCCUGGACCUGUUCCAGCUCUACACGCUGGUGAAAGAUGAAGGCGGUUUCGAUAUGGUGUGCAGAGAGCGGAGGUGGACUAAGAUUUCUCUGAAGAUGGGCUUUGCUCCAGGCAAGGCCGUGGGCUCCCACCUGCGGGCUCAUUACGAGAGGAUCCUCUACCCCUACCACCUGUUCCAGAACGGAGCCAACCGCCCCGAUUCCCAGAAGCCCACUCUGACCAAUGACACCAAAGAUAAGGAGUACAAACCCCACGACCUGCCCCAGAGGCAGUCCAUGCCCCCAGCAGAGACCUGCGCCAUCGCCCGCAGGGCCCAACGCAUGAGGACCGAGGGGGGUUACGUGAAGUCUGAGCCAGAUGAGUGUGAGAACCGACCUAACCUAAGGAGGAGGAUGGGUUCUUGCGUGGCCAAAUCAGAACCAGUGAAAGUGAUCCCAGUGCAGGUGAAACAGGAGCCGGUAGAGCUGAGUGCGUCUCCUGGUGAUGGAGAAAAGUCAAAGGUGGAGCAGUAUAUAUGUUUGGUGUGUGAAGGUGGGGGAGAGGAGGAUCGGCUGUUGCUAUGCGACGGUUGUGAUGACAGCUACCACACCUUCUGUUUGAUCCCGCCCCUCCCAGACGUCCCCAAAGGAGACUGGAGGUGCCCAAACUGUCUGGCCCAGGAGUGUGGAAAGCUGCAGGUGGCGUUUGGCUUUGAGCAGGCGUCUAGAAACUACACCCUCCGAAGCUUUGGAGACAUGGCCGACUCCUUCAAGUCUGACUACUUCAACAUGCCAGUACAUAUGGUGCCCACUGAGCUGGUAGAGAAGGAGUUCUGGCGUCUGGUGAGCACCAUAGAAGAAGACGUGACCGUGGAGUACGGAGCUGACAUCGCCUCUAAAGACUUUGGCAGCGGCUUCCCCAUCAGCAGCAGCGGCUCUUUUAAAGCGGUCUCCGACAAGGAGCCCUACCUGAACAGCGGAUGGAACCUGAACAACAUGCCGGUGUUGGAUGCGUCGGUGCUGACCCACGUGACCGCAGACAUCUGUGGCAUGAAGCUGCCCUGGCUCUACGUGGGCAUGUGCUUCUCAUCCUUCUGCUGGCACAUAGAGGACCACUGGAGCUACUCCAUCAACUACCUGCACUGGGGGGAGCCUAAGACGUGGUAUGGGGCUCCAGGCUAUGCAGCUGAGCAGUUGGAGGGCGUGAUGAGGAAGCUGGCCCCCGAACUCUUUGAGUCGCAGCCAGACCUGCUGCACCAGCUGGUCACCAUCAUGAACCCCAACACACUGAUGAGUCACGGAGUACCGAUCUAUCGGACCAAUCAGUGUGCAGGAGAGUUCGUCAUCACCUUCCCCAGAGCCUAUCACAGCGGCUUCAAUCAGGGCUUCAACUUCGCUGAGGCGGUCAACUUCUGCACUGUGGACUGGAUGCCACAGGGCCGUAAGUGUGUGGAGCAUUACCGCUCUCUGAACCGCUACUGUGUGUUCUCGCACGACGAGCUGGUGUGUAACAUGGGGGCCAAGGCCGAGGAGCUGGAGCUGGAGCUGGCCUCCGCCGUGCAGAAGGACCUCCACGCAAUGAUCCAGGAGGAGAAGGGCCUCAGGGAGAGGGUCUACAAGAUGGGCGUGUGGCAGUCUGAGCAGGUGGACUAUGACGUGCUGCCUGAUGAGGAGCGCCAGUGUGCCCAGUGCAGGACCACCUGCUUCCUGUCCGCCCUCACCUGUCCCUGCAGCCCCGCCCUGCGCGUCUGUCUGCAUCACAUCCACCACCUGUGCUCCUGCUCACCCACAGCAUACACACUGCAUUAUAAGUACACUCUGUCGGAGCUGAAUCCCAUGCUGCAGGCGGUCACUCUGAGGGCAUCAUCGUACGACGUGUGGACGGCUCGGGUGAAGGACAUGCUGGAGGCCAGAGGAGACCAGAGGACCGAUCUGGAUGAGUUCCGCAGCAAGAUGGCAGAGUCGGAGCGGAAGAUGUUUCCGGAAAGUGAGCUGUUACAGCGCCUCCGUGUGGCCAUUCAGGAGGCUGAGAAGAGCGCCAACGCAGCCCAGCAGCUGCUCAACGGCAAGAGACAGACCAGGUAUCGCUCAGGAGGAGGGAAAUGUCAGAACCAGGUGACUGUGGAGGAGCUGAGGGCGUUUGUGACCCAACUCUACACCCUGCCCUGCCACAUCAGACAGGCUCCACUGUUGAAGGACAUGCUGUCUCGAGUGGAGGACUUCCAGCGGCGGUGCGGUUGCGUGCUGGAGGCGAAGCUUGAGCAGGCGGGGGGCGUGGCCUCCAUGCAGGCCCUGCUGGAUGAGGGGGCGGGGUUUGACGUGGAGCUGGGGGAGCUGUGUGUGCUGCGUGAGCGCGUGGAGCAGGCACGCUGGGUGGUGGCCGUGCAGGAGGCCUGCGCACACACACACGCGCUCACACACACACACACACUCACGCUGGACUGCAUGCGCAGGCUCAUAGACCAGGGCGUGGGUCUGGCUGCUCAUGCGUGUGUGGAGAGGAACAUGGCGCGCCUACAGGAGCUGCUCACGGUGUGUGAACAUCAGGAGGAGAGGGCCCAGCUGCUGCUCAAGGCCAGGCCCCGUCACAGCCUGGCCUCUCUGGAGUCAGCGGUUCUGGAGGCGGAGAGUGUUCCAGCCUUCCUGCCCAACUGUCUGCAGCUCACAGACGCCAUCAGCAAGGCCAAGGAGUGGCUCCAGGAGGCCGACGCCCUGCAGUUGGGUGGGCGCGUGCCUGUGCUGGUGUCUCUGUGUGACCUGGUGGCGCGGGCGCGGGCGGUGCCCGUAGCCCUGGAGGCCGUGGGCCGUCUGGAGGGGCUGGUGACGGAGGUGCAGGCCUGGAGAGAGAGCGCCGCAAGAACCUUCCUGCUCAGCGCCACACACUACUCACUGCUGGAGGUAUUGUGCCCUCUGUGUGAGUCCGGUGGGGUCUCCCAGAGGUCAAAGGUGAAGCGUGUGAAGGAGGCGUCGCCCCCUCUCAGGCGAAACUCCAGACUAGACUCCCUCAGUGACGUGGAGAGAUCACUGUCAGAGAGCAGAGACACUGCCUCAGCUAUGGCGACGCUGGGUGAAGUGCGUGUGAAGGAGCUGGAGAUGGUGUUAGCACUGCGCAGCGCUAACGAUGCUAAGCUGCAGCCAGGCGUGGACCCCGUGUCUCUGCGUGUGUGUGUGUGCCAGUGCGCCCCCUCUGGUGGCAUGCUGCAGUGCGAGCUGUGCCACGACCUCUACCACCCCGGCUGCAUGCCCACGCCUCAGGAGCCCUCGGGCGCCGUGGGCGGGCUGCCCUGGCUGUGCCCGCUGUGCCGGCGCUCGGAGAAGCCCCCUCUGGAACGAGUGCUCCCCCUGCUGGCCGCGCUGCAGCGCAUACGCGUGCGCCUGCCCGAGGGCGACGCCCUGCGCUACCUCAUCGAGCGCACGGUCCAAUGGCAGCACCGCGUGCAGCAGCUCCCCUCCCCCACCCCGCAGCGCACGCCCGUCAGGAAACACACACACACACACACCGCAGCCAACACGCCCAGCAGCGACGCCUCCGCACACGUGAGGCAUCUCUCUGGGAAGAGUCCAAGUCCAUCGUCUCCACCUCCUCCGGAGAAGAGCAGCUUCUUCAUCGAGCAGCCCUGCCUCCUCCUCAACGGCGUGAGUGCAGACGUGGAGGAGCUGCUGGUUGAGGGACUGCUCCUGCAGGUGACUCUUCCUGAGCUCCAGCAGCUCCUGCUCAUCCUGCAGACCCGCCUCUGCUCCUCCCCUUCAGCUAACCACACCUCCUCCAGCCACUGCGACCACCUCUACUACGCCUCCUUGGAGAAGAGCCCACCCCACUCCAAUACACAGGAUGUGAUGUCACGGAACAGGAAGGAGUCAGUGAGUGGUGGCGAGAAGCAAAACAAGCGGCGCUUGGAGAAGGAGGGCCCCGAGGUGAAGACACCACAGAAGAAGAAGCACAAAAUCCAGCAGCAGAAGAGCCGUGAGGAGCGCAGGGAGGAGAAGAGGAAGAGGAGGGAGGAGAGGAAGAGGGAGAAGAGGAGACAGGAAGAGCGGCGGAGAGAGGAGGAGAGGAAGGAGGCCAGGAGCACAGGCUCCUCCCCUCAGAGCUCGCUGGAGGCCUCUGGCUCGGACGACUCCGAGGACGAGUUCGCCCGCUGCGCCUCCACACACUGCCAACUGCCAGAGGGAGACGAGGUGAACUGGGUGCAGUGUGACGGCAGCUGUAACCAGUGGUUCCAUCAGGUCUGUGUGGGCGUGUCCGUGGAGGAGGCGGAGCGAGAAGACUACAUCUGCUCCAGCUGCGUCACCACCAACCGCUACGGCACGCCAUGAGGACCAAAAUACUCAAAACAGACUCACUUUUGGGUUUCAAGUGUGCCACUGAUGCCCUUUACCCCUCCCUCACUCUCUCAUUCACACACACACACACACACACACACACACACACACACUCACUCACACAGACACACAGACACACACACACACACAGCCCCUCUUCCCGUGCAUUGAUGAGUUCCUCCCCUAUGUUUCCCUCUGAGUCUGGGAUGGACUGUUAAGCAGAGCUCUGAAGUAUCACUGAUCUCUGUCACUUUUGUAUACUGGACCCUGAGUGUGGUGUGUGUGUGUGUGUUGGGAUGGAGACCUUGUGUGUCAGGUCUCGCCCUCCUGUAGGAGUGAGUGGUGCGGAGCGGAAUGGUGUUCCCUGUGGUGAACCCCGUCCAGCUCCCCAGCUAAGCCGUGCCAGGCCCCACGCCACGCCACGCUCUACCAACCUUUUUCACCAAACCACACAGAUGUGGCUGUAAAAUGCGAAAAGAAAUCUGAGUUAUUUUUCAACCCUCUGCUUUGGUACAUGUGUUUGAAAUAAUAUGAACUUUGUUCCUGAUGUAGCAUAGCUUUUAUUUAUCUUAGCAAUAACUGGACUGGAUGCUUUGGGUUCGGUAGCUAUGAAAGGGCAUUUGGGGCCUGCAGCUUUGUGAAGUAGAAGACAUUUGUACAGAUUUCUGAAAUGAGUUUUCCUGUAGGCCGCUGUAGCAGAGCGAGGGGACGUGUGCAUCUCCGAUGGGUUUUGUCUUUUCCUCUGUGGAAUAAAAAUGGUUUGCUUCCUCAUA